UUUGUUUUUUCUUUUACUUUUUAAUGCCUUUUUAUGUGAUUGGGUGUUGUAAGAAGGAAAACAGAAGGAAGUUUCAUUGAACAGAAACACACCUUUGUCUAGAUUUAUUAGGUUGCUUCACUCAAACUCUAUAGUACACAGACAAAGAAACCCAAUGUACCAAACUGGGUUUAUUUUUCUCAAAGAUUCUUCGUAAAUUCAUGAUUCAAAACAAACUUUUUCUUGACGAUGUUUCUGCGCCUCGGACAGAUUGGGAUUCUGGAUUCUGGCAGAAGGAACCUUUCCUGGAAAUUCCUGUUUUUGUUUUUCAUCUUUACUGUGCUUUUGUGUUUCGGCUCAUGAUGAUGAUCAUGUUUACAAUUCCAAUCUAAUAUAUAGGCUCUGUUACAAGCUAAUUUGUCGACAUGGAAGGCGAUGGUGCUGUUCACAGUGACUUUUCGCCCAAUUCUACCUUUGUGGAUGCUGCCAUGGAUUUGGACCUUAUGGAUGAACUCUUGUUUGAAGGGUGCUGGUUAGAGACUAAUGAUGAUUUCAACUUUAUGCAGCCUGCUCCUUCUACAUCUAAUGAUCUCAAUCAGUCUAUUACUGUUCCUUCUAAUGCAAACUUACAUCAAAUGCAUCAAGGGGAGACCGAAAGAUCGGUUUCUCCCCCUUGUGACGGGUCGGCUGUUGGGAAUGCUUCAUCUUUGUUACAACCUGGAACUUUUAUAGUUCAAGGCACUGAGUUGGGCAGUAGAUGGUGGAUAGGACCGAGCGCAGAAUCCGGUUCUUCUUUAUCCGUGAAAGAGAGACUAAUGCAGGCUAUUGGAUAUUUGAAGGAAUCUACAAAAGAUAGGGACCUCCUUAUUCAGAUCUGGGUGCCUGUAAACAGAGAAGGUAAACAUGUUCUUACUACUGAAGGCCAGCCAUACUCUCUCAAUACGAAUUGCAAGAGUCUCGAAAUCUUUAGAGAUGUUUCUAAAUCCUAUAACUUCCCGGCCGAGGAGGAUACAAAGGAAUCAGUUGGGUUGCCUGGCCGGGUAUUCUUGGAGAAGUUGCCUGAGUGGACACCCGAUGUUCGUUUCUUCAGAAGUGAGGAAUAUCCACGUAUUAGCUUUGCAGAGAAGUACAAUGUUGGAGGAUCUCUUGCUCUUCCUGUUUUCGAGCGAGCAAACGGAACAUGUUUGGGUGUUGUUGAGAUUGUCACAACUAUUCAAAAGAGCAAUUAUCGUCCCGAACUUGAACACGUCUGCAAAGCUCUUGAGGCUGUUGAUCUAAGGAGCUCUCCCAACUUCACUCCUCCUAAUGUUGAGGCUUGUAACGAGUUGUAUCAAGCUGCAUUGCCUGAGAUAGCCGAGGUUCUAAGAUCUGUUUGCAAGACAUAUAAACUGCCUUUGGCUCUGACAUGGGCUCCAUGCCUGAAUCAAGGUAAAAGUGGAUGCCGACAUUCUUAUGAGAACUUUUAUCAUUGUGUCUCCACCGUGGAUACUGCUUGCUUCAUAGCCGAUGAAGAAUUUUCAGAAUUCCUUGAGGCAUGCUCGGAGCACCACAUGUUCAGAGGCCAAGGUGUAGUUGGUAGAGCAUUCACGACAAACAAACAAUGCUUUGCAACUGAUAUAACGGCCUUCAGUAAGACAAAUUAUCCUCUCUCUCACCAUGCUAGGAUGUUUGGAUUACGUGGCGCUGUAGCUAUUCCACUACAAAGCAUUUUUACUGGAUUGGUUGAAUUUGUUUUGGAGUUGUUCUUACCAAAAGAUUGCCAUGACAGUGAAGCACAAAAGCAGAUGCUGAACUCAUUGAGCGGUUUUAUGCAGCAGGCUUGCCAGAGCUUGCAUGUAGUUGUGGACAAGAUGCUGGAGGAAGAAGUGAUCCUGCCAGUUAAGGAAGUUGUAGUUGCAUCGGACAGAAGAUCAGACAAAGAAGAAACUCAGUUUACGGUUUCUUCUGCAAAAGAGAACUCUCCGGAAGAGUCAUCGUGGAUUGCCCACAUGAUGGAGGCUCAACAGAAGGGUAAAGGUGUUUCUGUCUCGUGGGAAUAUCAAAAGGAAGAACCAAAAGAAGAGUUUAAGGUGACAACUCAUUGGGAAGACACUCAACUAGAGUUACAUGGUAAGGAGGUACUUUCGGAUUUUCAGCAGCUUCAUCAAAACGAUGAAAGCAAAGCUAGUGUUGAGGGAGGUGGUGGUGACUCCAGUUCUUCUGGUGGGCGUGGCGUUUUACCCAGUAAAAGAGCAGGUGAGAAGAGACGAACCAAGAUGGAGAAGACAAUCAGCUUGGAGGUUCUUAGACAGUACUUUGCAGGGAGUCUUAAAGAUGCUGCCAAGAGUAUCGGUGUGUGCCCUACUACUUUGAAAAGGAUAUGCAGGCACCAUGGGAUCACUCGAUGGCCUUCUCGGAAAAUUAAGAAGGUAGGCCACUCUUUAAGGAAACUCCAACUUGUGAUUGAUUCGGUCCAAGGUGCUGAGGGUGCCAUUCAAAUAGGGUCGUUCUACUCAAGCUUCCCGGAACUUAGCUCACCAAACCUUUCUGGUAAUGACCCUUCUUCGUCUUUGAAGAUCAGUGGGCAUUCAAAGCCAUCUGAACCUCAACUUGAGAACUGCAUGUUCAACCAAGGAGCUGCUGCUCCAAAGUCUCCAUCUUCUUCAUGCAGCCAGAGCUCUGGUUCAAGUACCUGUUGUUCCAUGGGAGUGAAACAGCAUAGUACGAGUAUCAGUGCAUUAUGUAGUGCAGAUGGGUUGAUGGUGGAAGACCCUGGUGGAGCACUAAAGAGAGCUCGUAGUGAUGCUGAAUUGCACUCGUUGAAUCAAGAGGAGCCUAAGCUGCUAGCAAGAUCCCAAAGCCAUAAAACAUUGGGUGAGCUUCCACCUUUAGAGACACAAUCGCCCUUGCCGAAAACUGGUGGCCAGAAUCUACGAACCGGGGGUGCCUUCAGAGUAAAAGCAACGUUCGGUGAAGUUAAAAUAAGGUUCAGCUUGCAACCGAGUUGGGGUUUUAGAGAUGUGCAACAAGAGAUUGCAAAGCGAUUCAAUAUCGAAGAUGUCAGCAGAAUGUGUCUCAAGUACUUGGACGAUGAUAAUGAGUGGGUGCUUUUGACGUGUGAUGCUGACCUUGAGGAGUGUAGAGAUAUAUACAAAUCAUUUCAAAGCCACACAAUCAAAAUCUCCCUCCAUCAAGCUUCUCAUCCGAAUCUAGGAAGUUCAUUUGGUAGCAGUGCCCCAUUAUAACAUGAGUUCCCUUAUGGGUAUAUUUGAUGGUCGUAGUAGUUUGUUUAGGAUCAUAUGAUUUUUAUUUCCCAUAUUAUUUGUAACAAAUAAUAAUACAUCAUGAGUUAUAUAAGACGCCAUGCAAUAAAAGCAAAUUGGGUGGAAGGUCAAUAA